CUGAUGCCUACCUGGCCUCGGCUUGGUUGGUUUGUCUAUUUCUCUCUCUUGCUGCCUCUCCGAUUGUCUCCUGUCUGGCUUCUCCAACCUGGAUAUCUACAUCCAGAUGAAUUCUUCCAAAGUGUCGAAGUGGCUGCCGAAGAUAUUUUCGGUGUAGAGACCUUCCGCGCAUGGGAGUUCCGUGGUGAUAAGCCAAUUCGCUCUCUCUCCGCCAUGUUUCCUUUCACGCACAUUCCAUUAAUUAUCUCACGCCAACUUUUCGGUCCACUCCGAUAUACAGAUCAGAAAUUGCCAGGUGGAUUACUCUAG